AGGGCUUCCCAGAGGCUGCCGCCUACAACUCCCAGCAUCCCCAGCUGCAAUGGCCUUUGGCUGGGGAUGCUGGGAGUUGUAGUCAACCGCAGCUGGGAUUCUCUGCUCCGCCUUGUGACCCCAGAAACCCCCACCAUCCGGCUCACGGCCUUUGCCUCUUGGGACCAACGCCCCAAGCAGGAAGAGGGGGAGGACGGCGAAGAUAUCCAGUGCACCAGAGCCCGGCGCGGGACGUCUGGGCGCGCUCUGGAACGCUGCGCACGAGUACAGCGCCCCCCUGUGGGAAAGGAAUUGUUGGACUUCCCAGUCUCCGGACCCCGCGGCCAUGCAAGCAGCCAGCCCCGGCGACAAAGGCCCUUCCGUCUCCUCAGAAGAGGGCCCAGCACGCCGACUGGGAGGGCAGGGGGAGCGAUGCAAGCGUGGCCGUUGCCCCCAACGUGUGGGGCUAGGACCAUGCCCCUGCCUCACGGAACCCACCGUGCUGCCGCCCGGCAGACCUUGGCAUUGCUUCGGGCAGUGUCCACGAAGACGGCCUCCUCCCCUUUACCUCCCUCCCUCCCUAGCAGGGCAGUCCCCAAGCAGAGAGAGAGCUUUGGGGGGCAGAGCAGAGACCCCCCCCAUCCUGGCCUCAGCCAGACUCCGGAGUGGACUCUGGGCAGGCAGUAUCUCUCCUGCCAAGGGGCUGCUUCCUUGGACCGAGGGCGGGCCAGGCCGAGACGGGUCCUCCUCCUCCUCCCUGGGGGAAAGCAACUCCCCUUUGCCCAACACCUCCUCCUCACUUGCUCCUUGGCAGAUUCCAGAUCUUUCCACCGGCUUCAGCUGGGGGGGUUGGGGGCUGGCAGUGGGAGGGCAUCAGCCACCGCAUGCCCACAAGGGACUAGCUGGCGUGUCAAGGACAUCCUUCCUUGCCCACAUCUGGCCCUCAGCCGACCACUUGGCAACCAGCUGGCCAGGGUGCUCCUCCUCCCUCCCUCCCUCCUUCAUUCCCGAACCAUCGCAGGAAGCGGGCCAGAAAGUACAAUGCCUAAACUUUGCCGCCGCCGCCGCUGCUGCUGCUGGGUGCAGAGGAGGAGGAGAAGGAAGACUCUGCGUGGCUCUCCGGAAUUGGUUCGGAACCGCGUCCUUCGCGGAAUCCCCUCGGCUUCCUCAUCUCUGCCAGUGGCUCCAAGGAUCAGGACCUCCCUGGUGGUCAGCCUGUUGCUCCUGCUCCUGCCUCAUGGUCCAGACUUUGCCACUGCUGCUGCUGCUGCUGCUGCUGCUGGGUGCAGAGGAGGAGCAGAAGGAAGAGUCUGCCUGGCUCUCCGGAAUUGGUUCGGAACCGCGUCCUUCGCGGAAUACCCUUGGCUUCCUCAUCUCUGCCAGAGGCUCCAAGGAUGAGGACCUCCCUGGUGGUCAGCCUGGUGCUCCUGCUCAUGGCUCAUGGUCCAGACUUCGCCACUGCUGCUGCUGCUGCUGGGUGCAGAGGAGGAGCAGAAGGAAGAGUCUGCGUGGCUCUCCGGAAUUGGUUCGGAACCGUGUCCUUCGUGGAAUCCCCUCGGCUUCCUCAUCUCUGCCAGAGGCUCCAAGGAUGAGGACCUCCCUGGUGGUCAGCCUGGUGCUCCUGCUCAUGGCUCAUGGUCCAGACUUCGCCACUGCUGCUGCUGCUGCUGGGUGCAGAGGAGGAGCAGAAGGAAGAGUCUGCGUGGCUCUCCGGAAUUGGUUCGGAACCGUGUCCUUCGUGGAAUCCCCUCGGCUUCCUCAUCUCUGCCAGAGGCUCCAAGGAUCAAGACCUCCCUGGUGGUCAGCCUGGUGCUCCUGCUCAUGGCUCAUGGCCCAAACCUGGCCACUGCUGCUACUGCUGGGUGCAGAGGAGGAGCAGAAGGAAGGGUCUGCCUGGCUCUCCGGAAUUGGUUCGGAACUGCGUCCUUCGCGGAAUCCCCUCGGCUUCCUCAUCUCUGCCAGAGGCUCCAAGGAUCAAGACCUCCCUGGUGGUCAGCCUGGUGCUCCUGCUCAUGGCCGCUGCCUUCCUACCCCAGAUGCAAGCUCGCCGUGGCUUCAGUUCCAAGACGGAAUCAACCCCCAGGGCAGGAUCCGCCAGCGUUCAAGGGACCUGCUCCCUACAGUUGCUCCUAUCACAUCGAACAGCUGCUGUGACAACUACAUAAGGAGGCACCUUCCAAUGUGGUACCUGAAAUCCUUUGAAUACACCGGUGAACAUUGUCCCACGCUAGCUGUGGUAUUGAUUACCAGCCAUGAUCAGCGGCCCUGUGCUGAUCCCAGGCUGAAAUGGGUCCGGGAGAGAAUCCGUUCCUUCUUAGAAAAGUAACCAGGUCCUGUUUCCGCCUCCUCUACCCCCAGAAGGGAAGAGAAAUGACCAAUCGGGAGCUACCGGCUUGUGGAGGAGAGGAGGAAGUUAUACAAGGCUGAACAUUAGGCUGUAUCCAUCGUCAUGGAUAGCUUCAAAGGGGAUGGCUGCCUUGAACUAUUAUUAUUAUUUAUUGUUUUGAAUAACCACAUGUACACUUUGAUUGCUCAUUUAUUCUUCUCAUCAUAAAA